AUGGCAUUAAAAAGAAUUUAAAAAGAAUUAUAAGAUUUAAGCAGAGAACCACCAAGUAAUUGUUCUGCAGGCCCAGUAGAAGGUUAGAAAGAUGCAUUCUAAUGGCAAGCAACAAUAAUGGGACCUGAAGAUUCACCUUAUUCUGGAGGUGUAUUCUUUUUGAAUAUACAUUUCCCAACUGAUUAUCCAUUUAAACCACCAAAAGUUACUUUUACAACAAGAAUAUAUCAUCCUAAUAUAAACUAAAAUGGAUCUAUUUGUUUAGAUAUUCUUAAAGAUUAGUGGUCUCCUGCUCUUACUAUAUCUAAAGUUUUACUUUCAAUUAGUUCUCUAUUAAAUGAUCCUAACCCUGAUGAUCCUUUAGUUCCUGAAAUCGCAUAAUUGUAUAAAACUGAUAAAUAAAGAUAUGAAGCAAAUGCAAGAGAGUGGACAAGAAAAUAUGCAAUGUGAUUUUUUUAUUUAUUUUUUGGAAGAUGAAUGAAAAUAUUAUAUAUGAUAACUUUGUUUUAUUUGCUUUUUUAAAGUAGUUAAAUCUAUAUUUAAAAAAUAUAAUAAGAAUAUUUCUUUCUUUCUU